UCUGUCCUAAUACUGUCCCUCUAUUAUGUUUGCAGGAGGAAGAAAGAACCCAAUAAGGGGAAAUGAGGCGUUGAUCUUAGUAAAUGGGAGGUCAGGAGGUUCACAUGCUUCCUUCUUCCUGGAUUUGGGGCCCCAUUAGAUUCUGUACAAGGACCUAGAACUCUCUUGCCCCACAGCAGAGUAAGAUCUAUCCUCUUUCCCUUUUCAUUGAAAAGAUUGUUUGGUUCUUGUCUCCCUUCUUGCUCAUAUAUAUUUUUUUACUGUGGGCCUCUUCCAUCUUCAUCUUCUCAUUGUUUUAAGGAGCUAGAGAGAUACUUUUGUGCUAUGCUCGUUAUCUUGCAUCCUACCCAGUUGCUGAUUGCCUCUCCUUUCCUGUUCAAUAUCUUUCUCAUAUACCUUUCACCUUUCUCUCUGAUACUCUCCUUUUGUCUAGAACUUCUUUUGUUUUUUUCUCUUUAACUUAUAGCACAUUAGUUUUUGCUGUUCUUCACCUGAUAUAUAAGCAUGAUCAUAAUCUUCUCACUAGACACGCAAACUAAGCUUUUCUACUGCAAAAUCACUCCUUUUGCAGUUGAAACAGUGGCUAAGAAGAAGCAGAGCAAUGGAUUUUUUGCUUUCUAAAGAAUGCCAUGCAAUCCAUUAGAUUCCACUCCAAUUGAGGUCCCAAGUUUUCAUAAUCAGCUUGAGCAAGUUGUUCUCUAUGGAGUUUGCUUUCAUCUUUACUAAGAUCAAUAUUCUCAUCAUCAUAUUGGCAAUCUGUACUCCAUGCAAGUUCAUCCAGAGUCCAAUGGACUUUGGUUCCUCAAGCCUUCUCCAAACCACCAACACAUCAUCCAUAGACUUUGGAAGAAUUAUAUUCAGCCCUCCCUCUGCAGUUCUGAGGCCUCAAUCCACAGACGACAUCUCACUUCUCCUCACCUUCCUCUCUGCUUCAUCCUUCAGCAAAGUAACAGUUGCAGCAAGAGGAGCUGGGCACUCUAUCCAUGCGCAAUCUCAAGCCCUUGAUGGAAUUGUCAUAGAAAUGGACUCUCUCCCUUCUGACAUUCACAUUCACAAGAAAUUAGAUGAUGGGCAUGGCUUCUCUUAUGCUGAUGUUAGUGGUGGUGCUCUCUGGGUGGAGCUUUUAGAGGAGAGCUUAAAGUUUGGAUUGGCUCCAAGGUCUUGGACCGACUACCUUUACCUCAGCAUUGGAGGGACUCUCUCCAAUGGUGGCAUCAGUGGCCAAACCUUCAAGUAUGGACCUCAAAUCAGCAAUGUUCUUGAACUAGAUGUGGUGACAGGAAAGGGAGACUUGAUAACAUGCUCACCCACCAAAAGUUCAGAGCUUUUCUUUGCAGUUCUUGGUGGGUUAGGCCAGUUUGGGAUCAUAACAAGGGCAAGAAUCCUACUCCAGGACGCUCCAGAGAAAGUGAAAUGGUUCAGAGCCUUUUAUGAUGAUUUUGACAUCUUCAUCAAGGACCAAGAGCUGUUGGUUUCAAUGCCAGAUUUGGUGGACUAUCUUGAAGGGUUCGUAGUUCCAAAUGAAGAAUCACUUCUCAGCUCCUCCAUUGCCUUCCCUGCUCCUCUUCAUUCAGUACCAUCAUUUCACUUGUCCAACGUCUACUACUGCAUCGAGUUUGCUGUUCAUGAUUUCCAAGUUGAACCCUCCGUUGUAGAACAAACCGUGGAGAAAAUAACCACACAGAUGAGCUACCUGCAACCCUAUAUUUACAGUGUGGAGGUAUCCUACUUCGAUUUCCUAAACAGGGUUAGGAUGGAAGAGAUGAGCUUGAGGGCUAGGGGACUCUGGGAAGUUCCCCACCCAUGGCUCAACAUGUUUGUGCCCAAAUUUGGAAUCAAAAAGUUCAAGGACCUAUUGAUGGACAACAUGUCACUAAAUCAAUUCAAAGGCCCAAUCCUCAUUUACCCUAUUCUCAAGAACAAAUGGGACACAAACACAUCGGCGGUGUUACCUGAUACGGAGGACCUAAUAUACAUCGUCGGGGUGCUUCAGUCCGCCGCUCCGGCGAGCUGCUCCGCCGAGUGCCUCGCCGGCAUCGUCCGCCGAAACCGCCGGAUUGUGGGGGCUGCCUCCGCCGAGCGGAUUGGGGCAAAGCAGUACCUGGCGCAGCAACCUUCCCUGCUCCAUUGGCGCAGCCACUUCGGUGGGGAAUGGAACCGGUUCGUGGCGCGGAAGGCCCGGUUCGAUCCGCUUGCUAUAUUGGGCCCGGGUCAAGGGAUCUUUCCGAGAGUGCGAUUGCAUGGAGCCGUUUCUACGUGGCAGUAGGUAACUAGUCUAUUUAUUAACGGGCUGGCCCAAUUAACCAUUCCGGCGAAGCGAGAACUGACCACGUCAACGAUUGAGCAUUUAUUGAGCGAGGGCCGCCCCCGUCUCAUUCCUUUCGACGCCGAUGGCCGCCGUCUCCGCUGUCAUCCUCUUCACUGUCGCCGCUGCCCUUCUCUACGCCGUCACCGCUUUAUUGUCGAAGUUCUUAGCCGCCUGGCCUGGGGCCCCCUUUCACUUCCCUUCCUACUCGUCCGCCGCCUUCCAUGAACAGCUUCCCCCAGAUCUCCUCCGGUGCCUCUUCCAGGAAGCCUACCACACAUUUUGGAUCUUUUUUCUGAACAGCGCGUGGGGUUUCCUUGUCGCUACUUUCUUGAUCCUUUUAGGUGUUGUCUGCUGCGCCUUCAUAGGCGUCUUCCUUCGGUUUGUCUUCCGUCCCAUCCUCGACGCCCUCGCCGAUGCAAAUCGAAGCCCCGAGAAGACAGGACACGUCAUGAUCCCGACGAUGGACGUGGAAUCUGCCCCUGCCAAAGUAGGGUUGGAUGGAAAUUAGUGUUUGGGGGCAGUGAAUAAAUAUAUUGGUAAAAUAAACAGCUUCUCCCCUGCCAUUUGUAUGAUCCCGUACUGCUUGUUUGAUGUUCACAUGAUCUUAGAUUAUUUAGACUUAAAAAUCCGACUUUUGUUUGCUUGAUUAGGAAGCAUUUAAAGGGACAUAAUGUUUAUGCAUUCUUUGUUCGUUCU